GGGAGGUGCAGAAGGAAGACAGAGCAGGAGAGAAAAACGCCCUUUACAGAGCAGAAAACUAACAGUUUGUGCAUCACAUUCUGGAGAAAAACCCCAGACACACACACACACGCAGAAACACACGCGUUCAGAUUUGGACUAUGGCUUCUACCACCUCUGGUGAUUUUCUUCCCACCGGUGCCAGAAUCUUCAUCAGCUUUCCUGACAUCUUCUUCAUCCCCGAGUGGGUCAUUGGGGGUUUGGUGUGGAUCCUGGUGGCCUCGACCCGAGUCGUCCCGGAGAAUCCGCUGGGCUGGGUCAUGUUCGUGUCCAUCUUCUGCUUCGUCGGGACGACUCUGUGGCUCCUCAUCUUCGCCUGUGGAGGCAAUCAGAGCAGCUUUUGGCCCGGCCUGGAUGCUGGUUUUCAUUUUGUGGCGGCGGUUUUCUACCUCAGUGCGUCGGUGGUGUUGGCCUACGUCACCAUUCAGAUAAAGACAUUGUCAGUGCUUGAUGCAGAAAUACUGAAGAUCUACCGACUUGACAUUUCUGCAGUGGUGAUGUCCCAUGUGGCUACUCUCCUCUACUUCAUCCACGCCAUUUUCUCUGCCAUCCGAUGGAAGAGAGCCUGAAGCACAACCUGAACCCCUCCAGAUGUCAAACACAAGAAUAAUAAUGAAAUAUGUGAUGCAUUUUUGUUUUUCUAUUUCGUUAAAACAAAUGGCUAAAAAAAAAACCACACACAACUAAAGUGAUGGAACCCAUUAUGCCCAAUAUAAGUUACUGUUUUAAUACGAUAAGCAACUGUUUAGAUUAGCUUGUGUGAGAUAAACCGGAGUGAUACUGCUGAUAUAAAUAUGUAAAAAAUGUCAUUAAUUUAGAAAAAUGCAUUCAUUCAGACAGUCUGUAUUGUUUAACAAACAGGAGAAAAAAAAAACUAUUUUCAAUGUUUUCAUUUCAUCUAACAUUUCAUGGCAUUUGACUUUCACAAAGCAGCAUUUUUACAGUCCUCUCAAGCAGCAGAAACCUUUAAAACAAAACCAGACACAAUUUUAUAACUCACUCCAGAUGUUUUGACGUUGCUUUUUUUUCCCCUUAUGAAAGCACGAAAGUUACUUUUCAUGUAUUUCCCUUAUUAUUUCAUUAACUGGACAUCUAACACUCUAAAUCUAUGACACAGAGGUAACAGAAGAACAUGAAGGUAAAAUCAUGGAAAAGUCAAAUAAAUGAAUGCUACUGUUACUACUAAUAAUAAUAAUAUUAGUAAUAAUAAUAAUAAUAGUGACAAAAUAAAUUAGAGUCAAAUUACAGUGGUAAAAACUUCAGUUAUUUUUUUCUUUGUUGUUUUUUUUCUUUUUCUCUAGAAAAAAACUCAAAGUUUGAUGUCUGACACGUUUCAUGAUCUAUUUCACAUCCGUCAUGGUCAAGUCGACUCUGUUUGCUCUUUUUGUCUGUUUUCUUAACAUUUUAAAUGAGGAAAUCAUAAAACAAAUGAAUAAAAAUAAAAUAAAAAAUGAAGAGAUUAGUUUUUGAUUCACUUUUUUUAUUCCGUUCCUAGAGAACAAUCUGUGUUGUUUCCCAUUCUUCUGCGCUGUGCUUUGGAAUAAAUGUUGACAUUUUGAUAUUGUAAAUAAAUGAUUUCACUUUA